AUGUUUAUUAAAUGGCUCAGUUGUUUGCCCUGGGGCUUUGUGAUUUACCGCACUGUUUACACGGCGGAAUCUGACCGGCUCUGCUCUGCCUGUCUCGCUAAAAUUGACCGUUACGUGCAAUGGAGCAUUAGCGAUAUCUACGAAGUUGAAUAUCGGGACAGCGAUCCUUUCCCCGAGUACUUCGUGAAAGAAACCUGUAAGAACCUUGGUUUUGAGGAUCGAGAGCGAUGGGAGGGGGCAUCCCUUGAACAGAUCCGUACAGAUUUCAAACAAUAUUCAAAGUCUCUCGGGAUGGAAGAUGGGUCGCAUAUUCCAUGGUCGAAAGCCUGUCUCGUUAUUGACGAAUCAUGCUUGAACUCGAUCGUAAGUGCCUUCGAAGAUCCGGAGGAUAGUGCAAAUUGGAAAGGGCCUCGGAGAGCAUUUGUGAUCGAGAAGGGUGGGUGUAUCAUGUUGAAGCCGUUCGCGGUGAUGGUCGACCCUACUUUUGAACCGGAGGAGAGCUAUGACACGCCUGGGUACCAAGGGUAUAUGCGCGUUGAACUUGACGGUAUUUGGAGCGCAGCUGUUGAGUUGUGUCUUGCCACGGUGCAGGAAGUAUGUCCUAAUGUGACUCCUGGCGAGAUGAUCCCGGUCUAUAAUGGAGGAAGCGGAUAUUUGGUCAACGUGUGA